CAUUCGCAUCGAUUAACCGAUCGAUCGCCGCCGAAAGAGAAGGCGACGUCGAGGGUUAUUGUUCUCUGCAACUAUCCAUCUCAAGUCUCAACGUCGUCGUCUGAGUCUUAAACAUUCUACCUCUUAUCAUGGACCUGGACUUGGACGAUAUCGGCAUAGACGGUCCCGGUGAUCCAGGCAUGGCUGCUUCGAGGCCAUCCAGGUUCCUUCCCAAAUCCUCUAAGCUCAAACCUAAACCAAAGGAAGAGCCAGUAUCAUCAGAACCAGAACCUCAACCUUGUACCCCUCUUCCGAAGAAGCAAGAUGAUUCAUCUCCGCUUCCGAAGAAGCAAGAGGAUUCAUCUAUGCCCUCACUUGAUGCCACCGUCAAAUCGGCAUCUGAACCUUCUCCUUCCUCAACCCUCAACAACUUCACUAAAGUGGAGAAGACGGAGGAGCAAGUGGUUGAAGAUGCAAUGGAAGUAGACGGAGAUGAAGAUGCAGUGGUCAGGGAAAUAGACGUCUUCUUUACCCCUCCUCCACUUGAUAACAAUACUCAGUUAUACGUUCUGCAAUAUCCUCUUAGACCUUGUUGGCGUCCGUACGAACUCGAUGAACGAUGUGAACAGGUUAGAGUGAAGCCCAAAAGUUCGCAAAUGGAAGUUGAUUUGUCUCUGAAUGUUGAUGAUAGGAGCAGUUACAACGAUGAUGCUCCUGCCCAAAUGAGAACAAAAAUGCAGACUUUAUCAACUUCAUGGAAGCCACCCGCCACCUCUGGUUAUGCAGUUGGACUUCUGAUGGGAAACAAGUUACACCUCAAUCCUGUUCAUGCAGUUGUGCAGCUUCGACCAUCUAUGGAGCACCUGAAGUCUGGUGGGCCGAAGAAGAAUAAUAUUGUGGAAGCUAAUAUCAAGUUCAAUGAGAAGAAAGAAGAAUCUGCAGGUCCAUCAAAAAAGCAGGGGAAGUUGGCGAGGGCAUCUGAUAAGCAAAACACAGAUGAUGCUGAGUCUUGGGUUUCACUUGAAUACCAUGGCAGAGACAGCAGUUUCUCAAGCAGAUACCGUCAAAAAAUGGCUGCAGAAGAAAGUUAUCUGAUUCCUUUUUCAAUGAGCCCUUAUGACUUUGUCAACUCUUUAUGUCCUGGAACAACUACAGACAGCAACAGAGCAAAAGGUCCUUCAAGAAGGCUCUUGCUUUCCCUGCCACUGGAGGAACGGUUUAAAACAUACCUUUCUGAGGGGCCCGAGGUUCAUCGCUUCACUGCCCUUAAGCACCUUGCUCCUGAUGAGUCAGAUGAAGAUGUUCUACUGGUCCUUCAGAAGCAUGCUUAUCUUGUACAAGGAUUAUGGGUUACAGCAAGUUCAUUGCUUUGUGAAGGAAUAAAAUGUCUUGCUAGGGACUACAUCCUUCUUUUAUUCAGCAAGAAUCCAUUAAUCAGCUACAAACAGCAAGAUGCUUCAGGACUUUCAAAAGAAGUUCUGAGGCGUAUGCUUAAGCCAUUGGCUGUUGAAAGACCUUCCUUUAAGAACUGGAAAUUUAAAGAACCUAUGGAUAUGUCUUUUAUAAAGGGCCAUCCAAAUGCUGUGAGAGAGCAGGAACGACUAUGGGAAAAGCGUGAGAAAAACAUAAUGGUUCAUGUGACAGGUGCUGGGAAAGGUGGGCCUGCAAUGAGAAAUUCAUUUAAGUCAACUAUGACUAAUAGGCCUGGAGCUUCUAGUUCUGAUCAAGGUGCGAAGAGAAGUGUAGAUGGAGCAGUUAGGUCUGAGACAGUGUCCAUGUCUGAUGAAACUCGUGAAGCUCUCCCAAGGGCCCUAGUGGAAGUUUUUCGUAUUCAUAAGGUCUGCAGCUUGCAAUUGAUUCGUGAAGGCUUACGGGAUCUGGCACUUUCAAAAUCUAAUCUUCCAAAGGCUGAUCCAAGGGCUGCAAUUGCUGCUGCAAAAGGUGCAGAUGCCCAUCUACCUGAGCUCCAGACUGUUAUAAGUCAAAUUGCUGUAAAUAUCCAUGGGGUCUAUGUUUUGAAGUCAUCACCAGAUCAUUCAGAUUCCAAUCCAUUGAGGUUUGCUUCUGAUCUCUCUCCUCCCCUCUCCCCCCCCCCCCCCAAAAAAAAAAAAAAAAAAAAAAAAAAAAGGGAACUGCCUUUUGCCUUUAUGCUCAAGAGUGGGUUUUCCCUUUGCAGGAGUGUUAUUAUUAAGCUUUUUUGCGCCAAGGAACCUAAUGCAACCCUGAAGAAGGCUGAUGUUGUUCAUGCUGCCAAAAUCGAUCUUAAGAGGGAUAUCAAAGAUAGUGAAUUUAGUAAGGUUAUCAGUGAAUUAUGUAUUGCUAGAGGUAAUGCAUGGUGCAUGAAAAGUGGCGAUGGAAAGCCUAGAUGACACGACAUCGCUGAUUGACUGUAAAUUCUUUUUCCAGUGGCGUCGGCUCUUCCGUGGACCUCUGGCAAUUUUGUAGAAGUUGUCGCUAACAUAGGGGAAACUGCAGGGUAUAUAUUGGUGCAUUCAUCAACAGUUCCUAAUAAAAGGUUUUUCAGCUUAGUUUGAUCAGAAUUUUCUUAUGGCAAGUUUUGGUUUUAUGCCUUUCAAAUUUAUAAAUGCUGGACUUGUAUAGUAGCAAUGUCCUGAUAAGUGGUUGAUGUGGAAUUAAUGUUGAAAUUAUGUAUAUCUCAAUUUAUUGCUGAUUACACAUGGACCAGUACCGGAUAAACACUGAUAUGUCAAAAA